GAAAUUCCAGCGUCUGUAAUAAUAAUCCAAUUCAACUUUUUUCAUGAUUUGUAUCCACGCCAGAACAAUCAAAGCUCUUGCUGUCUGGUUUGGAAUUUGCCUGAAAGAAGCAGUCAGCCAUCACGAUAAUAACAUUUCGUUUAAAAGUCCACAAAGAUACUUAGCAAGAGGUUUUAUUUAUGUAUCCUAGUACUUGCUGUGCCAGAAGAAACCAACCGGGGCCAUAAUCUUAACUAGGUGUCCAUUUACAGGGUCCGUGUUUGCGUGAUGCAGAACUUAGGCCAAGAGCAAUUUUCUGUCUCGAUGUACAGGUCGUCUCUAGGUCGGUCAUGUAAGAUAAAGUGAUUUAAAGGUUGCAUUGUGCAGAGUGAUGCUAGCGGAGAAAUGGAUUCAGUUAAGCACAAGAAUACCUUUAGCUGGAUUGUGAGGCGGGAGUACCAAGCUAACUCGAUCCAUAAGCUGUUCCAAAGAGCCCUUCAUGUAACACCAAAUUUUGCUGAUAGACUUGGUCUUGUCAAAGAGCUAGAGGGACAUUCAGGCUGUGUGAACUGCCUCGAGUGGAGCGACGAUGGGUCACUACUCGUGUCUGGAUCAGACGAUUUCAAUAUAAUUGUCUGGGAAGCGCUAAAAUACAGACUGGGAUGUAAAAUCAAUUCUGGCCACUCAGGCAACAUUUUUUCAGUCAAGUUCUUACCUCAUUCGAAUAACACAAUUGUUGCUUCGGGAGCUGCCGAUGCAAAGGUGCGAAUUCACAACGUUAGCUCGCGGGAAUCCACGCAGGUUUACGCGUGUCACUUUCAUCGCGUGAAACGCCUAGCUGUCACACCGCAUAUGCCAUAUAUGCUUUGGAGUGGCUCCGAAGAUGGCACUGUUCGGCAGUUCGACCUCCGUCAGCCGCAUUCUUGUGCACAGAACAGCCGUUGCUCCAAUAUAAUAAUCAACUUAAAUACUCAUGUAGCGACUUCUAGUGAGGCGAAAUGUAUCGCCAUUAACCCAUUACGGCCAGAGCUAAUCGCUGUUGGUUCCAGCGAUCCGUUCACUCGUAUUUACGACACGCGAAUGCUGACGUUACAUAGCAUACAUGACGCGCGUGGCAAGAGUAACGGUCGCAAAGUUGACGAGAUCUCGCCGCCUCCUGGCUGCGUUUCGUAUUUCUGUCCUGGACACAUUCCGCAAAGGUAUGGACGCGAUCACCCGCAAAAGUAUCGACAUUACGUUGUGACAUAUCUUUCUUUCAGCCCCGAUGGCCGUGAGAUAUUGACUAACUUAGGCGGGGAGCAUGCUUAUCUAUUCAAUAUCAACAAUCCUCGCGAGGCGCUGCGUUAUUCUGCAGUUCACUCGGGGCAUUCAGGAGAAAGAACACAAAGAUGUAGCCAACGGAGACCUGAAAACGAUAAUUCAAAUAUUGCAGCUAAUGAGACGGCCUUUGUUGCACCUGGUACGGCUAGCCAGGUAAAUACAGUUACCGAGCCGCAAUGUCAAAUUGAAGAUUCUCAAACAUUGUCUGAGAAAGCAUUAGAGCUAAAAAUCGCAGGAAAUGAUUGCUUCUCGAAGCAGAAUUACUUCCAGGCAGUCAUUUGCUACAACCAAGCUUUAUCUUUGGCUCCUCACAGUGCGUUGCUGUACGCGAACCGGGCUGCCGCGUUAUUGAAAAGAGGCUGGGAAGGUGACAUCUACGCUGCUUUAUCAGACUGUCACAUGGCUCUCAGCCUCGAUCCGGAUCACAGCAAGGCCCAUUACCGUCAAGCUCGUUGUUUAUACGAGUUGGAAUGGUAUCAAGAGGCGAUGAAUUGUUUAAACGAUUUCAAGAACAAGUUUCCAGAGCAGGCGGAUGGGUUUUCCACCAAGAAAUUGGAGAGGGAUAUCAGAACUUCAGCUGUCAACGAUAGUGAAGAUGUUGAAGAGAACAGCAACAGCAGCGGUUCAAACGUUUCAAAACGCAGAAGACGAAGACCGCACCCCGCGCCAUCCGAGGCAGAGCGACUACGCCAAGAGAAAGCGCACGACUAUACUCAAAGGUUUGUAGGUGCUUGCAAUACAACAACGGAUAUUAAAGAAGCGAUAUUUUUCGGACAGAAUGGGCAGUUCGUUGUCGCAGGUAGUGAUUGCGGAUGUAUGUUUUUGUGGGACCGCGCGACAACGAAUUUAGUAGAAGCAUGGCAUGGUGAUGAAUCGAUAGUAAACUGUCUUCAGCCGCAUCCGUCGGUUUGUCUGCUCGCUACUAGCGGCAUCGAUCCGGUCGUCCGACUUUGGGCUCCUUUGAACAAAGAGAACGUAAUAAAAGAUCCUCGCCGCGAGAAGGAACUAGAAAGUCUUGUACGCGCAAAUCAAAAGAGAAUGAACGCAGAUCCACUAGAAGUUAUGUUAAUGAACAUGGGAUAUCGAGCUAGAAUAGAAGAACGGGACGGCGAAAGCGAUGACGAUUCAUCUGAAGCGUCUACCGUGCAAUGCCGCACCCACUGAAUCUGACCGCGCUUGCAAUAUGAAAUUUAUACAUCUCACCAAUAUCUAGUAUACUUGGGCUGUGUGACUCAAGUUCAAGUGUCGUACGCGCUGAUAGUGACAGCAUCUAUGCAUAACCAAAACGUGCAACAACGAUUGUAUCUCGGAGUCGUUCUCGUUUAUCAACCCCACUUAGGACGAGUCAUGAUAUCAGCCCCGUUGUCAGGGACAACAAGUAUAUAAAGUGUGUGCGCUGGCUCGGAUACACGCUGAACUGAAUGAGUAUAAAACGCGGCUGGAAUAAAUGGAAAUAAGUAUUUUGGAAAACAUUUUGAUGUUUACUUGUGAAUCUGUAAACUAAACGAUGCUUCAUGGAAUAGGCUUUGUUAAGAAAACCAUUUAUACUGCUUAUUUUCAAUGUUUUGCUUAUAAAAGAGCUACGGUAAAAUCCUGCAGUAAAAAUCUGCAUAAAAUUCAAAAAACCUCGAGGUUUGUUUUUUCAAUUAAGAAAAUUUCAAUACAAGAAACGCUAUGUAAAUAUGUUGGAACCAUUUCAGUCUGUUACAAAAAACGCUCUCAUUAAAAGUGAUUAUAAUAAAGCGAAAUAAAGUUUAAAGGUGCCAAAUUUUCUUGGCUCUCGGUAUACUUUGAGACUUACACAGUAAUAUGGAAUAUUUAGGGGGGCGUUCACAUCACGUUUAAAACACAAAUAAGGAAAUAUCUUACUCUAGGGUCAACUCAGCGAGAUUGCGUUUACACUACAAAAUUUUCAGAAUGACACAGAUACUUUUGGCCAAGAUUGCAAGCCUGUAUCACAGAUUUUAGAUGCUUUUUGUAUCAAGGCAGUAUCUAUUAAUAGCAGAUCAAACUGACCCUGGCAUAGCGGGACCGACCCUGAUCCAGGCAAGGUCAUGUGAUUUGCUGUAUGCCUUGUGUUUAUAAUAGAGCGGUAAUACUUGCUGAGCGGUAAUAAAGCUGUUUUUGUAUUCGUUUGAAAUGGAAGAAUAUAAUAUAGCACUAAAUGCCUCUAGACUCGCAAAAUCAUUAAAGUCUAUCAUAAAAUUGCUUAUCAUGGUCACUUUGUACAUAACAUUUUUAUCAAGCCCCCCGAAAUACUUUUUUAUGAAAAGGACGGGCUUUUUUCUAACACAGCCCAAGGCCUGCAGCUUAUGUGUAAUGUAUAACGUUUGCUUACGUCACUAUCAUACUCUCAUAGAUAAAUUUUCUGCUGAAAAUUACAUUAUAAUGCAGAAAUGAGGGCACAGUUGCAUUAACAGUAGAAGAAUGCUCAAAGGAAAUUUUUCUGUGAAUCUAGUGUUGUGUAUUUUUGUGUACAAAAAUUUAUCAUUUGUUAGUGAGUUUAUAUUAAGAAUUCGCUGUAUUGUUGUCAACGAUAGGUCUCACGUUAAAAUGCGAGAAGGAACGCAAGAGUGAACGUGAGAAUUAACGCAAGUGUGAGCGCAAGAAGGACCGUAAGAAUGAACACGAGAUGGAACACAAGAAUUAACACAAGUUUGAGCGCAAAUAGGAACGUAAGAUUGAACACGAGAAGGAAGGCAAGAGUGAGCGCGAGAAUUACCCUAAGAAUGAACGAAAAAGUGAAUGCGAGAUGAACACAAGAAUAAACACGGGAUCGUCGGGAGAACGCGACAAGAAACGUAAGGUUGAACUUGAGAAAAACUUCAUGCACGGUAACCAUUCAUUGAUUUAUUGGCAAAAUUAUAUUUGAAGAAUUUUAUUAAUUUGAUCACAAGUUUUAGUUCUUAACAUUUGUUUACCGUGUGUUUAUUGCGUGUUUGUCGCGUGUUUGUCGCGUGUUGCGUUAACAAUUUCGUAGAAGUAUUAUGCAUAGUAUAUUAUCUGCAAAUGCAUUUAGUUAAUUUUAUUUCAAUUUUGUAAUCUUUUUGUCUGUGGUGAUGGUCAUUUGAAUUUGAAAUAAUGUAAGAACUGCUAGAAUGAGCUAAAUAUAUUGCGAUAAAGAA